AUGAAAAAAAAUUCAGAUUUUCUUUUUCAAUUUUUCUUUUCUUCUUUUCUUUCUCUUACUUUUCUUUUCUUUCUCUUACUUUUCUUUUCUUUCUCUUACUUUUCUCUUCUUUCUCUUACUUUUCUCUUCUUUCUCUUACUUUUCUCUUCUUUCUCUUACUUUUCUCUUCUUUCUCUUACUUUUCUCUUCUUUCUCUUACUUUUCUCUUCUUUCUCUUACUUUUCUCUUCUUUCUCUUCUUUCUCUUUUCUCUUCUUUCUCUUUUCUCUUCUUUCUCUUUUCUCUUCUUUCUCUUUUUUCUUCUUCUUUUCUCUUCUUUUCUUUUCUCUUCUUUUCUUUUCUCUUCUUUCUCUUUCUUUUCUCUUCUUUCUCUUUCUUUUCUCUUCUUUCUCUUUCUUUUCUCUUCUUUCUCUUUUCUCUUCUUUCUCUUUUCUCUUCUUUCUCUUUUCUCUUCUUUCUCUUUUCUCUUCUUUCUCUUUUCUCUUCUUUCUCUUUUCUCUUCUUUCUCUUUUCUCUUCUUUCUCUUUUCUCUUCUUUCUCUUUUCUCUUCUUUCUCUUUUCUCUUCUUUCUCUUUUCUCUUUCAAUAGCACAUUGCAAUUGUUUUUUUUUGUUUUUUGUUUUUUCUUUCCUUCCUUCCUUCUCUCUUUCCUUCCUUCCUUCUCUCUUUCCUUCCUUCCUUCUCUCUUUCCUUCCUUCCUUCUCUCUUUCCUUCCUUCCUUCUCUCUUUCUUUCCUUCUCUCUCUCUUUCCUUCUCUCUCUUUCCUUCCUUCUCUCUCUCCUUCCUUCUCUCUUUCCUUCCUUCCUUUCCUUUCUCUCUCCUUCCUUCUCUCUUUCCUUCCUUCUCUCUUUCCUUCCUUCUCUCUUUCCUUCCUUCUCUCUUUCCUUCCUUCUCUCUUUCCUUCCUUCUCUCUCUCCUUCCUUCUCUCUUUCCUUCCUUCUCUCUCUCCUUCCUUCUCUCUUUCCUUCCUUCUCUCUUUCCUUCCUUCUCUCUUUCCUUCCUUCUCUCUUUCCUUCCUUCUCUUUCCUUCCUUCUCUCUCUCCUUCCUUCUCUCUUUCCUUCCUUCUCUCUUUCCUUCCUUCUCUCUUUCCUUCCUUCUCUCUUUCCUUCCUUCUCUCUUUCCUUCCUUCUCUCUUUCCUUCCUUCUCUCUUUCCUUCCUUCUCUCUUUCCUUCCUUUAAACCCAGUUCAAUAAGGAAUGUUACAUGUCUUUACAACCUUACCUAUAAAUUUUGUAAAAUAACUGGGAUAAACAUUUUUUUCUUUUCUUUAUUUCUGUAUCUCUUUUCUCUCUCUCUCUCUCUAUCUCUUUUCUCUCUCUCUCUCUCUCUCUCUCUUUUUUCUCUCUCUCUCUUUUUCCUCUCUCUCUCUUUUUCUCUUUUCCUCUCUCUCUUUUUUCCUCUCUCUCUUUUUUCCUCUCUCCUCUCUUUUUUCUCUCUCUUUUUUUUCCUCUCUCUUUUUUUCCUCUCUCUCUCUUUUUUUCCUCUCUCUCUCUUUUUUUCCUCUCUCUCUCUUUUUUUCCUCUCUCUCUCUUUUUUUCCUCUCUCUCUCUUUUUUUCCUCUCUCUCUCUUUUUUUCCUCUCUCUCUUUUUUUUUUUCUCUCUCUCUCUCUCUAUCUUUUUUUUUUUAAUAAAUGUUCACCCACUACAUGUGCCACUCAAGAAUAAGUUUGCUCUUUCUAUCCCCUCUCUCCACUCCCUCUAUCCUCCUCUCUCCGCUCCCCUCUCUCUCCUCUCCCCUAUCUCUCUCUCUCCGCUCCCCCUAUCUCUCUCUCUCCGCUCCCCCUAUCUCUCUCUCUCCGCUCCCCCUAUCUCUCUCUCUCUCCCCUCCCCCCUAUCUCUCUCUCUCCGCUCCCCUAUCUCUCUCUCUCUCCCCUCCCCUAUCUCUCUCUCUCGCUCCCCCUAUCUCUCUCUCCGCUCCCCUAUCUCUCUCUCUCCCCCUAUCUCUCUCUCCUCCCCUAUCUCUCUCUAUCUCUCUCUCCGCCUCCCCCCCUCUCUCUCCGCUCCCCUUCCCUCCGUUUCUCUCCCUCCCCCUUCCCUCCGUUUCUCUCUCCGCUCCCCCUUCCCUCCGUUUCUCUCUCCACGCCCUCCCCUCCGUUUCUCUCUCCACGCCCUCUUCCCUCCGUUUCUCUAUUCUUCCUUCUCACACACAAAAAUAUUCAUUAGGUUGUUGUUAUGGCAAGUUUUUUUUUCUCUCUCUCUCUCAUUUUCCAAUAAUUGUUUGUUUCUACCUCUCCACCUCCCUGCCUCCCUAUUCAAUUUUGCAGCCUGA